CUCUCUCGUACACACACGGCAAUACGGCAUCCACUUUCAAAACACCUGCCUACUUUACGUUGUCACUGGUUCUCAUUUCCCGGCUGCUUGCUUUCUUCUCACUCUUUCGAACUCUCUGGAUACUCGAUAAAAAUCAUAUAUAAAGCAAUUCGAUCAGACAACUUUCGAUCUUAUCUGAUUAUCUCUCUGUCAGUCCUCAUUGGCUCACACUUGGAAAAGCGAAGCCGAGACGAAGAAGAUUUCGACUCCAUUUGAUCCCUGCUAUUUCUCUCUCUAACCGAUCGGCGACUGCGUCUCUGAAGAUCGAAAGUUCGUUUAUCUGUGGAAAUUUGUUUAAUUUAGUUUUAUACCAUUGCUUUUCCGCCUGUCGGAUGAAUCGUUUUUGUAAAAUUUAUUCGGUUUAGGUACUGUUUUUCGGAAAAGUUUGUAGAUUUGGAGCUUUUAUGUGGAAGCUUGAGAAUCUGCAUGUUUUGUCGAGAUUCUAGUUUAGGGAGGUUGCAGGAAUAUAGGUGUUUUGUGAUUCUUACCUCUUAGAUUACGUUGAUCGUGGAGGUUUUAAGUUUUCGUUUUUGUUUUUCAGAUACAGUUUUUUAUUUUCGUUUCUAGGCGAAAACUCAGGUUGUUGUUGUUGUUGAAGAAAUUGCGUGUGCUCUGGUUCCUUUUUUGGUUGAAAUAAGCCUGUUAAUAUGAAGUUCUGUGUUAGCUUGCGAUCUGCUGUUUAUAUGUAAGGACACAAUGUUCUGUAAAACUUAACAUGAAGUUCGUGACAAAUAGCAAAUUUUUAGUAUCUCGUUGAUAAAUAGGAGUUUAAUGUGUUAUGUAUGCUUAAAUUUGCCUCAUUAUACACUUGUUUUGUUGAAUUCUAUGAUUUUCUUUUGAUGAUUUUGUUUGUUCUUUGCAUUUUGUCGUUGUAGUGCUAGAGUUAAAUCUUUGCAAUAGGACCGCAAGUGUAGAAAUUCAGUUUAUGUAUUUCUAGAGAAUAAACUUCCUGAUCUUUGUUUUCUGAGGGCUAUGUCGGAAGAAUAGCUGUACCUCUACUGAGAACCCAUCCAGAGUUAAGAAAUUUAAAGUGCUUUAGGAGAGUGUGAUCUGGAAGAACAUUGAACCUGGUAUUGUUAACAACAACAUACUUUUAAGUUGGAGGUUGCAGGAAUUGUAGUUAGUUUUUGACUUGCGUCUUUAGGCUUGAAAAUUUUAUUAGUCCAGGCAUUAGGUAUGCCUGAAAGUUUUUUUGCUUUAAUAAAUAAGCUCGAACUGAGAUUUGAGAUCGCUAGUACUCUAGGUAGUAGACAAUGAUCAUUUUUCCUUGUAAAGAAAGUAUGCAAUUGAAGUUCUUUGCUCUUACCAUUAGAGAACAGUAAGGAAAUUUAUUUUCUCUUGAACAGAUAACAGCAUUUUGCACAUGCAAAGCUGGAAUUUUAUUCUUUAUUCUGCAUUGUUUCUUUUCCCCCAUAACCUGAUAGAAUGAGAGAGUGGAAGAACAUUAUGAUCAAUUGUUAGCAGUUACAGCAUAUAGGAGUUUCAAGUGUUAUGGUAACUAAAUAAUUCUGCCCCAUGACUUUUAACCUCCUAUACACCAGAACUUUUAAGGUGAACAGUGGUGGAGCGUAUAGAUAUGUUUCGUGCAGGUUUAUAUCUACCACGAUCUGCAGAUGGUCACUUGGUCAGGAACUCAGGAUUCACAAAGUUCUUGACUCUUUUCUUGUGAGAAUGAUAAAGUAAAUUUUAUUCAAAUAGAAAAUAGCACAUAAUACAGCAGGCAAUCAGGGCCCAGCCACAAGCAAAUGAAACCAACCCCGAAGAACCCACUUUUUUUUUGGGAAAAGGUAAGGAUAAACCCCAAAGAACACACAUACAAGUCACAGAUUCCAGGAAUCAAUGGAAAGGAGCUACCAGGUGGACUGGUGAACAAACUCCUUGGACGCAGAUGCCCAUGAUCCAAGCUUGCCGGUGCACAAUCUAAUGAGUUCCUCCUCUGUCCUACAUAUCAAAGAUCCUUUUAUUUCUUUCAGCUCAUAAUGGCCACGCUUCAGCUGCUGGCACCAUUCCCCAGAUUAGCUUCCCUUUUCUGCACAUAUACCUUGCAACUGCCUAGCAGAAAGCAGCCCAAUCAUAAACUAAGGCAUUACCCAGAAAAAGUUAGCCGCCCUCAAGAAAUACAGCCAAAGACCUAGGGCUAGCUGACAAUGGAUGAGAAGGUGAUCAACACUUUCUAUAUCCAGCCCACAAAUCCCACAACAUUGAUCUUGAAUCUGCAAGCCACUUCUCCGCAGUCUAUCUCUGGUUAAGCACUUUCCAAUCACAGCAGACCACAGUAAAAAGCUAACCUCAUCAGUCCCCAAAUCAGACUACUAGGGAACCUAGAGUUUCUUUUUUUUUUUUUGGGGGGGGGGUAUCAGGUUUCUAUCAAUGAUCCUAUGGAGAAGAUCCUAUAUUUUUCCCAUUUCCAGCUCCACUCAUCCUCCUGCCCUUCUCUAAUUAUCUGGUUACUCAACGUUUGGAGAAGCUGCAGCAUGCUAUCCAUCUCCCAAUCAUGCAGGUUUCCUUGAAAACUGGGUCACCAGACCACUUUACCUCCCAACACGUGAUAUGAAUCUGCCACAGAAGCUUCUUUGUUAUCAUCCAGCAGAAAUAGUUAAAGGAAAACCUGUUCCAGGGCCUGUCUGCACCAUUUAUCCUUCCAGAAGUUCAAUCUCCCACCAUCUUUCAGCUUGUAAGACAGCCCUUUUGAGAUGGUAUUGUAGGUCUUCAUAAUUCCUUUCCACAUAGAACUGCCAUAUGUAGAUAAGGGGUCAUCCAUGAUUCCAAUUCCCUCUUGGAUGGGCUGAAUGCAGCCUUGCCAAUUGUUAAACAAAGGAAAAAUUAACUAAGACUCAUCCAAUUAAAGCAGUUUGAUUGGAGAAAGCGCUCUGACAUGUGGAUUAGAAUGAAGUUUAGUCAUGUGGGUAAGAUUCAGUGAUCAAAGAAGAUUUUGUGCAUCUCCAGGAACUCGAGGUAGGCUUGUCACCUUAUCCACAGUGGGUGACUGGAACAGUAAACUUCUCCGAUCCUUUGUAAUUUUUUUCCUGUAUGAUUUUCCUACCACCUAUGGGCUUGAUUUUGUGAUAUAUUGCUUUUACCAGAGGUUGGGGCGAAUCUGCUGCUGGUCCUCAGUUUAGCUCAAAAUGGUCUCAGCACUGCUUCAAGCAAACCGAGUGAUCAUGUACUACUAUUGGUUAAUAGUGGCAGCUGGAGACUCUGGAGUUCUUCAAUGCUUCAUUAUAAUUAUUAUAUCUCUGAUUGUUCUGAUGAAUCCUUCUAUUGGAGUUAUGCUGAAUGGAGCCCUUCAACAUUAGUGGAUUGUGUUCUUGCUGAUUUCAAUUGGUCUGCAGCAGUAUACAAGAAAGCAACAAUAGGAUGCGGUGUUUAGGUUUGUUGCUAGCUCUGCUGUAAGUUUUCAUUUCACUCAAGACUCGUGAUUUGAUGGAGGAGGCUUUGGGCAAUCAUUCUGUAGCUAUUCAACAUAACAAAAUGGAAACACCAAAGAAUACAAAUGGAAAGCUUAAUGCAUUAGAGAUUGCAUCUUCAUGCUUGCAGCAGUCCAAUGCAGAAUGCGUGCAGACAGAGGAAGUGAGAGAUAAUGUUGAUACCACUGCAAUGGAAAGGCUAGACAAAGGAUUUAUGGAAUAUGGAUGUUCCCAUUAUUGGCGAAGAUGCCGCAUUAGAGCACAGUGCUGCAAUGAGAUAUUUGAUUGUCGCCAUUGCCAUAAUGAAGCAAAGAACAAUAUUGAUGUGGAAAGGAAGCUGAGACAUGACCUUCCACGCCAUGAAGUGCAACAGGUGAUAUGCUCACUAUGUGGCACAGAGCAAGAGGUCCGGCAAGUUUGUAUAAACUGUGGUGUGUGCAUGGGGAAGUAUUUCUGUGAGACUUGUAAAUUGUAUGAUGAUGAUACAUCAAAGGAACAGUAUCAUUGCAAUGGCUGUGGAAUUUGCAGGAUUGGUGGGCGUGAGAAAUUCUUUCAUUGCUAUACAUGCGGUUGCUGUUACUCAAUUCUGCUGAAGAAUAGUCAUCCUUGUGUGGAAGGUGCUAUGCAUCAUGAUUGUCCGGUUUGUUUUGAGUAUCUUUUUGAGUCUCGAAAUGAUGUAUCUGUCUUGCCUUGUGGACACACUAUUCACAAGAACUGCUUAAAGGAGAUGCAAGAGCACCUGCAAUAUGCCUGCCCUCUUUGCUCUAAAUCCGUGUGUGAUAUGUCCAAAGUAUGGGAAAUGCUUGAUGUUGAGAUUGCCGCAAUACCCAUGCCUGAAUCUUAUAACAACAAGAAGGUGUGGAUCCUCUGCAAUGACUGUGGAGUAACCUCCCAAGUCCAAUUCCAUGUUGUGGCUCAGAAAUGUCUGAAUUGUAAAUCCUACAAUACUCGGCAGACAAGAGGUGAAACAUCAACCGCAUCCUCGUUCUCAAGAUAGAAUGGAUCUGGAUUUGCGCUUAUCUAUUCACUUCCUUUGCAUCAAGCCGUCGAUGCAAUCAUGCAAAUUUCAAAAGGCAAUGAAAAAGUUGCAGCUUAUAUUUGCUACUAGUUGGCGUCAUUGUAACAUUCCGUGCUCGUUGUCUUUUGCUUUCGAGUUUGUGAUAUAUUUUGUUGUUGAACUGGGAUUGUUUAAAUCCACCGCUUUCACAGGUGGUGCUAAUUCACUUGCGCCCCGUUUCUUUUCAA